AUGCCAGUAACCCCGGUCACCAUGCUGAUGCCUGGAGCGCAGCGCCUGGGCACAGACACGGCACGGCCGGGCAGAACAGGUGGCUCCCAGCUGCGGCAGACACAGAGCUGCACGUGUGUGCACACCAAGCCUCCCACUCAGACCAAGCCUCCCACUCAGACCAAGCCUCCCACUCAGACCAAGCCUCCCACUCAGACCAAGCCUCCCACCAAGACCAAGCCUCUCACUCAGACCAAGCCUCCCACUCAGACCAAGCCUCCCACUCAGACCAAGCCUCCCACUCAGACCAAGUCUCCCACUCAGACCAAGCCUCCCACUCAGACCAAGCCUCCCACUCAGACCAAGCCUCCCACUCAGACCAAGCCUCUCACUCAGACCAAGCCUCCCACUCAGACCAAGCCUCCCACUCAGACCAAGCCUCCCACUCAGACCAAGCCUCUCACUCAGACCAAGCCUCCCACUCAGACCAAGCCUCCCACUCAGACCAAGCCUCCCACUCAGACCAAGCCUCUCACUCAGACCAAGCCUCCCACACAGACCAAGCCUCUCACUCAUACCAAGCCUCCCACUCAGACCAAGCCUCCCACUCAGACCCAGCCUCCCACUCAGACCAAGCCUCCCACUCAGACCAAGCGUCCCACUCAGACCAAGCCUCUCACUCAGACCAAGCCUCCCACUCAGACCAAGCCUCCCACUCAGACCAAGCCUCCCACUCAGACCAAGCCUCUCACUCAGACCAAGCCUCUCACUCAGACCAAGCCUCCCACUCAGACCAAGCCUCUCACUCAGACCAAGCCUCCCACUCAGACCCAGCCUCCCACUCAGACCAAGCCUCCCACUCAGACCAAGCCUCCCACUCAGACCAAGCCUCUCACUCAGACCAAGCCUCCCACUCAGACCAAGCCUCCCACUCAGACCAAGCCUCCCACUCAGACCAAGCCUCCCACUCAGACCCAGCCUCCCACUCAGACCCAGCCUCUCACUCAGACCAAGCCUCCCACUCAGACCAAGCCUCCCACUCAGACCAAGACUCCCACUCACACGAAGCCUCUCACUCAGACCAAGCCUCCCACUCAGAACAAGCCAUCCAUUCUGACCAAGCCAACCACUAAGAACAAGCCGCCCACUAAGACAAAACCACCCACUCAAACCAAGCCAACCACUCAGAACAAUCCUCCCACACAGACCAAGCCACCCAUUCACACCAAGCUACCCACUCAUAACAAGCCACUCACUGAUACAAAGCCGCCCAUCAGUAGUCCCGAGUGUAGGCCGGCGAGCAGUCAGCAGCCAGCAGCCAUGUACCCCAACCCGCUGGAGAGGAGGCACUGCACGAUCCGCCUGGUGCUGGACAAGCUGCUGCGGCCGUCGAGGAACAACAACCGCCUGGGCGCCUCGGCGUCGUCGUCGGCGGCGUCGCUCAAGAGCGCGGCGCCCGACCAGCGCUGGAGCAAGUAG